CCUCCAUCCCAAAAAAACAUGGAACACUCAUUAGAGCUGCAAUAGCAAAAGCUUCCAACUGGAAGACCGCGCAAACGGAAAUCUUUCAACAAUUCUUCCUUGACAACUUAUUGAAAAUUUUUCCUUAUAAACACCAAUUAAAUUUUACUGGGAUACCGAGGGGCUACUGAACAAAACCCAUGCCCAAACCGCCGGUCGGCGAAGAAUCUUCCAUGGAGACUCAUCGCCGGAGCUCCGGGGAUGAGCUGACGCGGCGUCAGAAGGUGCGUGCGAUCUUCGAACGCUUCGAUUUGAAUGGUGAUGGUGGUCUCGACCGCUCCGAAUUGGCUGCCCUGGUUGUCGCCGUGAAUCCUACUCUCCAGUUCACCAGCGACCAGAUCUCCUCCAUCAUAGACGUGGUGUUCGGAUCCUACUCCGAUUUCAUCGGAGAUCUUUCCUCCGGCCUUUCCCUCGACGGCCUCUUUCAAACCUACGCUGAUGGCGCUGGCGAUCUCGAUCGCGAUUUCGCCGCUCUGUGCCUCUCUAAGGAGAAUCCAGAUAUGAUCAGUACCCUUUCAAACCGCUAUCGGUACCCAAAGCUUGCUCCUACGUGGCUCUCCUCACCCAACCAUGGCGUGACGCAUGAUAGUACCUGGAAGGUGAUCGAGGAGCUGGAAAUUGCUAUUAGGGCUAAGAUUCGGGCUCGUGCUGCUAAGUUUUCGCCUAAAGAUUCCACCUUUGCUGAUGGAUUCUCAGAAGUGUGGUGCUCAACUGAUCUCGGAUUCGAGUUGGAAAGGAAGGGAGCAGAGUUUGUCUUUAAGGAAAAGUCUAGUGAAUUCCGGGUUUUAUUGCAGGAGUUGAAGGAGAUUAGGGCGAAAAUUGACAGCUUGUCAAUUGUGGAGGAGGCAUUUGAUGGCCAUCUAGCGAUUGGUAGGACUUUGUUCGAGCGCCACCUGUUCAUGCUGGCGCUUGAAAGCUUCCGCCGCGCUUUAGAGCUACGGCCAAUGGAUGUGCGGCCUUAUUUCAGGAUUGGAAAUACUUUGUGGUCUCUAGGACACAUUAAAGAGGCUAAAGAUAGCUUCUUGGCCGCUCUGGAGAUCGCUGAGAGCGAUUCACUUCAGUGGUCAGGUCUCCUUCCUCAGAUUCAUGUGAAUUUGGGGAUUGUCAUGGAAGCAGAAGGCCUGGUGAUCAAUGCAAGCGAGCACUACCGUGAAGCUGCCAUCCUCUUCCCAAGCCAUUAUAGAGCUCUCAAGCUUCUUGGAAGCGCUUUGUUUGGUGUUGGUGAGUAUGAGCCAGCAGAAAAAGCAUUGCAGGAAGCAGUUAUUCUCAAACCAGACUAUCCUGAUGCCCACUGUGAUCUUGGAUGCGUUUUCCAUGCCAUGAAGGAAGAGGAGAAGGCAAUUCUAGCCUUUCAAAGAGCGAUUGAUCUCAAGCCUGAUCAUUUGGAUGCUCUUUAUAAUUUAGGGAGCUUGCUUCUGAGUGCAGGUAGGCAUAAGAGAGCAGCAGAGAUGUUUGGCAGAGUGGUGACAAUCAACCCAGACCAUUGGAAAGCUCAGCUGAAUCGAGGAAUCUCUUUGUUUGGUGCUGGAGAGCUGAAUGAGGCUAAAAAGGCUCUUACUGAAGCAUUACUGAUAACAAACAGGAUAGAAUUGUACGAUGCUAUUCAGCAUUUGAAGCAAUCUAAGAGGAAGAAACCGAAAGACGAGCGUCCAAAUUGGGUUGCAGUUGAUGCUUCGAAGUUCAUGACAGCGGAUGAGAGCACCACAAAUCAAAAAUGCUUAUCAGAUGCUCUAUGGAUCAGGGAAAUCCAGAAAGCUACUAAAUUAGGACGCUGUGAUGCUACCCUUUUGAAGAUGGAAAUGGAGACCUACCAAUUCCCAGUUUCUUCUUCUGAUAGAUCUGUUAGGAAGGCUGAGGUGGAGGUUCUUCUCUACAGGCUUCUCCAUUUCUUGCGGCCUGAUACCUUCCGCGAUGCCAUUAAGGCAAUUGAUGAGAAGAUAUGGCACGUAUUGGACAUCACUGGUUCUGGAAAGAUUGAUCUUGGUAUGUUCUUUGCUGUCAUAGCUCCUAUAUGCGGAGGAUCACCGGAGCAUCGAAAGCGUGCAGCCUUUGAUGCUCUUUCAUGGCAGCCUUCAAGGAAUGAGCUACAGCGCCAGUUUUCUACUGUGGAUGUCUAUGCUUACAUAAGAAACUUGAGGAUGGUAUACUUCCCUUCUCGUCCAUUUUCUGAUCAGAUGGAGAUCAGCAAGGAAGGAGAUAGCAUUGGUAUUUCAUUUCAUGAAUUUAUAAACAUGUUUGAUAAUAUUUAUCAUGGUUUUGGAAUUAUGAGUACCUUGUUGAAGCUUGAGAAGGGCGCUAAGGCGCGCAGAAGCAGGCAUUCAUGUGGGGUUUGCAGGUACCGGAUCUCCAAAAUCAUGUUCAAAGAAGUGAAGGCGAAGUUCUGUGUGUGCGCCAAUUGCUACAGUGAGUGUAAGGUCCCUUCUGCUUUUGAGAACGAGGAUGAAUACAGAUUCAAGGAGUGCUUAUUUGAGUAAGCAUUCUGGUAUCUGAUAUGUUGGUGGCUAUGGGAUCCAAAGAUAAGCUACUAUGAGCUUUCUUUCUUUCUUCAGGGGCUUUGCUUUUGGGGUUGCAAAGGUUGGCAGAUCAUGAAUUGGUUGGUCAAAUAAAUGGAGGAAUUUUUGUGAUUAAUAGCUUAGAUUUCGAAGUCCUAUUCAUUAGGAAAAGGGGUUGUUUGUAUAAGGUUUUGGAGAUGGCUUAUCUUUAUUAUUUGCCUUUUGUUUUCUAGUAUUUUCACUCACCCAAUUGUGAGGUCUUGAGUUUGUGAUUUAGCAUAAAUGUGUAUAUAUAUUUGUUUUUCAAAGCUCAACCACUGGCUUUUACUGUCA